CGACGACAACAAGAAACUCCACUAAGUGUAUUUCACGCUGAAACGAGGCAAACCAUACCACCCCACCUCUUUUUCGUCAGUAAAUAAAUAUGAUGCGAGCUGACGGUCUCACAAAUUGAAUAUAAUUGUCGUAUUUCUAUAUAUGUUUAAUGCAUUUGCAGUGCAAUGCGUUAGAUCUUGUUUUUGUGUAAAUUUACAUGAGUGUGAGUGUGUGAAUUUCUGCCAAAGAAGAAGCGCAAGGAGCAACAGUGAAACGAAACGAGAGCGCGCGUGUCAAAGUCAAAAGUUUUGCAUUCAUUAAUACUGUUGAUUGUUGGUGCUGCUGCUUCUACUGCCGCUGAUACUGUCUGGUCUCUGGUGGUGGGGUGAUUUCUUAAAGUGGGAUGCGCAGGGCGACAGAAGUGCAGAAGUAAAUCAACAGUACACCGCCCAUCAUCGCUAUCAUCAUCUGACACCCGAGAGCGAUCCAGAGAAGGCUCCAGUGAAGGCAGCCUUAGAAGCAUUUCCGAUACGCCACAGUCAAUUAGAACAGUCGCCACCACGACGUCGCCGCCGAAAGCUUUUCUGUUGUCAGCCGAGCACUUGGACGACGCCAGCGCCGACGAUCGCGGGCGUGUCUACAAGCUGAGGAAGAAGAAAUACCCAAGCGGCGGGCCUCACAUCACAUAGAUACCGAAGAGGAGAUAGGAGGAACAGAGGAGUUUGGACGCUGGAGCGAGUGGAGUGUGAAGAGCGAGAGAGAGAGUGAGAGUGAGAGAAAGAACGAGGGAGUAAGACAGAGGGAAAAAGAGAGAGAGAGCUCUGCCAAGAUGCCGGUGCAGUCCCCCAUCGAGAUCAGCAAUCGAGCCAUCGAGCAUAUUGAUGAUGUGGAUCCCCUCGAAUACCACGGCCAUUGGGAGCCGGUGGGUGUGGCCCGUGUCCAAAACACGGGCACCUCGGCCAUGGUGACUUUCAGCAAGCGAAAACAGCAGCCGUAUAUUAUUGGCGGUGCCUUGGAUACGAACAUGUAUGUCUUCGAGCAGUUGCACUUCCAUUGGUCGGACUCGGACGAGUCGGGCUGCGAGCACACACUGGAGGGCAUGAAGUACUCGAUGGAAGCGCAUGCCGUCCACUACAAUGCCAAGUACAAGGACUUUGCCGAGGCCAAGAACAAACCGGACGGCCUCGCUGUGGUGGCCUUCUUCAUUCAGGCAUGCGGCGAAAAGGAUUGUCCCGAAUUCAAAAAGAUCACCGAGGGCAUACGCAUUGUCCAAAAGAUAAGCACGAGCGCAUCGCUGGAUUCCGAUUGCCUCUCGUGGAUUGGUCUGCAGGAGCUGAGCAAACACUAUUACACAUACAAGGGCUCGCUGACAACGGCGCCGUACUUUGAGAGCGUCACAUGGAUUAUCUACCGCACACCGAUCUAUGUGUCGCGGGGUCAGGUGAGCGUCUUUCGCAACUUGCAAUCGUGUCCCAAAGAUGAAUCCAAAAAGAUAGUCAACAAUUAUCGCGAGAUCCAGCGACCGCACAAGGAUCCAGAGAUCUUCUUUGCCCGCAACACAAACCUAAAGUCAAAAUUAUGAUGUGCUUGCUGUGUGGCGAUCAAUCCGUGCUCUCCGUCAAACGUCACACAUUGCCACACCGAAACCCCGAAACCAAAACCGGAACCGAAACGAUUCGCAUUUCUGUUUUUUGUUUCUGUUUCUGUUUUUCCUCGGUCAUCGGUCAUUCCUUUUGUGAAUCGUAAUUAAACUUCAACUAUAUUUUAUAUAUACAUAUAUAUGAUCUAUCGAUGGUUGUCGUGUCUGUAAGCUGCUAUAUAUAUAUAUAUAUAUAUAUAUAUUUUUUUUUUUUUUUGAAUUUUGUUUUGAUUGUUAUUUUGCCUCACUUGUACAUAGCGUUAUAUAAAUAGUGGAUAUAUAUCAAGUAAUUACAAUUACGAUACGUGUAUGGAUAAAUCAUUAUAGUCGGAACACGCGGUUGCCUUGCAUUAGAUAUUUCAGAGAAAUAUUUAUCACACUCACACAUACACACACACAAACACAUACACAACUACUUAAGACAUCUUCUAUCUAUCCUAUUAUCUACAUGUAUCUAUCCAUCUAUCGAUCUUCUACAAAAGACAGAGAGAUUGUGACAUACGAAAAUGAAUAUAAAACAACAAGAAAAAUCCUUAAAUUUAGGGAGAAAAACGCAAA